GUGCCUUCUCAGUGGAAGGAAUCAGAUGGAAGGAAGAAUGGGUCUGGAUCUUCCAACAUGAGGCAGAGGCACAAAGCUGGUCAUGGACACAAUACAGGGAUGCUUGAUCUCCACGGAGGCAGACUUCCCGGUUGAAGAAAGCGCAUGCCAGAAGUGCUGGGGGUGCUGGUGGAGAGCUGAGCUUUCGUUCCUGUUGAGGCAGCUAAGGCGGGCGGCGAGCGCGCUCCUUCCUGUGCUUCCCUCUUUGAUUGACGCUGGCUUCCAAGCCCUGAGUCCGCCUGAGAAAAAGCAAAGGAGUAUAAUUUGCUGAGAGAAUUUUCCUGGCAGGGGAAGGCACGAAGUGCAGAGAAAUGUGCCAGCCAAGAGCCUGGAAGCACAAGUCCAGGUGCUAACGCAACUUCCACCCAAGCCAUGCUGUUGUGAAGUGCUGUCUUUCCAGACGCGUCUUGCUCCGCGCACCAGGGCAGAGUGCACAGGGGCUGCCCAUGGCAUCGCGGCAGCCUGGGCUGGAUUAGUUCCUGCUCUGUCGUUGCUUCCACUGUCUGAACAACUGAAGAAGGUUGCAGGAAAGAUGUUGGACUUGAGCUUCCUUACCGACGAGGAGUAUGAGAAGCUGGUGAAGGUUCUGCAGAGAGAUGCAGAGCUGAAGAAGAAGGAUGGGGAUCGCAUCAGGCGAAUACAAGGCUCCAUCAAGGAUGAGAAGAAGAAGAAGUUUGUGACAGGUGAAUGGUUUUCAGAAGUGAAGGCAAAACGGUUUCAGGAAGACUUAGAGGGGCCAGAUCUACUUCGAGCAUCCAUUAGAAAGAAAAAAGGCAAACUAGAAAACAUUUCCCACUGCCUCUUUACAGCACUGGCUGAGGGUCAAGAUUCUGCAGCUGCUGAGGCCAAGGAAUGCAUCCAGACGGGUCUGGGAAGCAGAGCUGCCCCAAGUCCUGCCUUCCCUGAGCAUGCUGUUGGCACAGGAGAGGAGAGAUCCAGCACACAUGCACUUGAUACAGCAGAGGAGCAUAAAAUCUGGCCAAAACCGAAGCCGAGACUUCAUGUCCCCCUGUCUGCAUCACACAAGAGAUCCAAUAUACAUGAUGCCUCUUCCUCAGAGAGUGACACUGCAACAAGUCCAUUUGUGACUGCAACAAACAACUUGCAUUUGUCUAGAAAAGGUCAUGAAUUACCUUCAUUGCCCACCAGUGUUUUAGAAGAUGCUGUGCCUCAGGCCACUACUGCAGCUGGAGGAGAUGCUGUUAAUGGGGCCUCUGGCACCACACUGGGAGCAAAAACUCCACCUGAAGAAACUUACAUUCCCAGCAAGAUACCAGUUAAGAAGAAACCGAGCAGAACCUUCCCCAGGUCCGAGCAGUUUGUGAAUGACAUGGUACCAGCAGAGAACAGCCUCACAAACAGAAAGCUGUUGGCAAGCCCCAAACCACUAACCACAGAGGAGGAGAGCAGCCAAGCUGUGAAGCAAGGCACAAACUAUACCAUCUCAUCAAUGAGUAACAAAGAGGAGGAUAUUGGCCUUGAUCGUGAACACUUCAAGCACUUGAAGAACUUCUGGGAGAAAGGAGCAGACUCUGUAAUGGUGGGGAACAUGCCAGAGAAGCCAGCUUGGGUGGAGGCAGACGGCAGGCAGUUCAAACUGUGCCGCUCGCUCUCUCUGCAGUCUGGGCAAGGCCGAAACAGUGAAGAAAAACCUGGAGUCUUCACCAAAACAAGAACCCCCUACAAAAGGACAAUAACCCUGUCUUCUAGUGAGGAAGAACCAAGCUAUGCCGCCCCUUCAAGAAAGGGCUCCAUUCCCACCAUUCCUAGAUCCACGUAUGCCAAGAGCAAAGGCAGCCUAAUUACAAGAAAUGACUCACCGAGUGAAAGCAGUGGGAAGCCACUGGUGCCAGAGGAAGAGAAGUGCUCCAAGAAAUCCAGACUGCCUGUGCGAGCCCCUUCCACCAAAAUUGAGUCACCUACCAAAGAGGUGUCUGGCAGUGGGGUAGAGCCAGAGACGCCUACAGAUGAGUUGAUUGUGGCAGAAGAGCGCAAGUGCACAGCAGAUUCCCUGGCAAGCAGGGUGCAGAUCAUGAUUGAGCCUGUGCUUACAGAUGGUGAAAACAAUGAUGGCAAAGAGGAAAGACCUGAUUCAGGCACUCAUGACAACAUGGAAAUAAAGGGAGAGCUACCUGAGGAAAAAAGGUGUGAGUCUUCAGACAAGCCACCAUCCAGUGAACCAACCAGAGAGAGAGAAGCUGUUCAGGGAAUGGACUCAUCUGUUUACUCAGAGGAAGAUGGGGAUCAUUCUUCUGCUGCUCAGGCGUUGGCCCGAGCAAAUAGCAUUAAUGUUGCAAAGAGCAUGGUGAACAUUUACACAACCACAGAGACGUACAAUAAACCACAUUUGAUAGACCAUCAGUUCCUUGAACCCGAAAGAGUCAAAGAGCUGAGCAGAUCCUCUCCUCUCCUGCUGUCUGAGACUGAAUCAGACACGGCGUCAGAAAUCAGCUUCCAGUUUAACAGGCACAAAAAGACCCCCAGCAUUGGCAGCCACUCAUCCGACAUGGCAUCUGUCUCCUCGGUGAGUGGCAGCGUGCUCAGUGUCUACAGUGGUGAUUUUGGGAGCGUGGAUGCCCAAGGUACUGUGGAGUUUGCCUUAGACUAUGAUGAGAAGAACCGGGAGUUCCAGGUUCAUGUGUCCCAGUGCAAAGAUUUGGCUGUUGUGGAUGAGAAGAAAGGCAGAUCUGACCCAUAUGUUAAAACUUACUUACUCCCAGACAAAGCUAGAAUGGGUAAGAGGAAAACUUCAGUGAAGAAGAGGACAGUGAAUCCCAUUUACAAUGAAGUACUACGGUAUAAAAUAGAGAAAAUGGUAUUGCUGAUCCAAAAAUUGAAUCUCUCUGUUUGGCACAAUGAUCCACUGGGACGUAACAGUUUCUUGGGAGAGAUUGAAGUAGACUUGGCCAGCUGGGACUGGAGUAACAGAAAACUCAACUGGUACCCACUGAAGCCCCGAAGCCUCUCUGCUGUUAACGGUGUGGAUCAUCGAGGAGUGAUGAAUUUGUCUAUUAAAUAUGUCCCUCCAGGAAGCCUGGGUCCCAAGAAUCCUCCUUCUGGUGAAGUUCACAUUUGGGUCAAAGACGUCAAGGACCUGCUGCAAUUGCGUCCAUCUGGAGUUGACUCCUUUGUGAAAUGCUAUGUGCUGCCAGACACCAGUAAGAAGAGUUACCAAAAGACCCGAGUCAUAAAAAGAGACACAAACCCUGUUUUCAAUCACACCAUUGUGUACGAUGGCUUCCAUACAGAGGACCUAAAGGAUGCUUGUGUUGAACUGACUGUGUGGGAUCACGAAAAGCUUACCAACCAUUUCCUUGGAGGAAUCAGGCUGGGCCUUGGGACAGGUUUGAGCUAUGGCAUCUCUGUGGACUGGAUGGACUCCACACAAGAGGAGGUGGCCUUUUGGCAGGAAAUGAUGUCAGCUGCCAACGAGUGGAUUGAGGGACUGCUGCCCCUGCGCUCGCUGGCAGGGAGGAAAAAACUGAAAUAACAAACCCCUUGUGCCAUAGGAAGGCUGAAUGUGGUCAUUAGAACUGGGAGACUUCCUGCACCAAGGUGAUAGAGACCAACCCUGGGGCUGGCAGUGUCAGGCUGAUAAGGCAAUUGAUAGCACUUUGGAGAUACUACAUGUUAAAUACUAAAAUGCCAGCUGCCAAACUGAUGCUUUACUUGAUUCUGACCAAGAAGACACUUGAUUUGCCAUUUUAUUUAAUCAUUUACAGUCAGUAUCUUUGAAUUCCACUGGCAAAAAGAAAAUGAAGUAUUUUUAUAAUGUUUCCUGUGUCAUUUUCUUUUUCUGUGCAGAGAUGUAGUUGUACAAAAGCAGCAACAUGGUAUUACUCA